AUGGGAUCGGACUCGUCGCCCAAGAAAUGGAACCUCAAGGAGCAGCGCAACACCUACCUCCAGUGGUUCUCCCUCGCCGACGAAGACGGGGAUGGGCGCCUGACGGGGAACGAUGCGCUCAAGUUCUUCGCCAUGUCCAAUCUCUCCAAGCCCGAGCUGAAGCAGGUUUGGGCAAUCGCCGAUUCCAAACGUCAGGGGUAUCUUGGAUUCUACGAGUUCAUGACUGCAAUGCAGCUGGUCUCUCUCGCACAAGCAGGGAAUGAGAUCAGUCAAGACACCAUUUCAAAUGCAGAUUUGGAAAGGUUGCAGCCCCCCACAAUGGAAGGUCUGGCUAAAAAACUAAAAAAGCACUCUGAGAGCAAGGGCGAGUCUGCUAUUGUUGCAUGUCAUCCAGCAGAAUCACCUAUACCAGCCAGCUGGUUUAACUCCAAGUCAGGAAAGAAGAUUCCUUUAAAAUCAGUUACUUCAAUAGUCGAUGGGCUAAAGAAAUCAUACAUUGAGAAGUUGAGGCCUCUGGAAAAAACUUACCAGUUCCAAGAUUUCGUGUCUCCCUUGCUGACUAGCAGUGAUUUUGAUGCGAAGCCAAUGGUCAUGCUGUUGGGUCAAUACUCCACGGGAAAAACGACAUUCAUAAAGCACUUACUAAAGACAAGUUAUCCAGGUGCUCAUAUUGGACCAGAGCCUACAACAGACAGAUUUGUUGUCAUCACUUCUGGACCUGAUGAAAGAUGCAUUCCUGGAAACACAAUUGCCGUCCAAGCUGACAUGCCAUACAGUGGCCUGUCAUCUUUUGGAACAGCAUUUUUGUCAAAGUUUGAGUGUUCUCAGAUGCCUCAUCCAUUAUUAGAACAUGUAACCUUCGUGGAUACUCCUGGAGUUUUAUCAGGGGAAAAGCAGCGAACACAGCGCAGCUAUGAUUUCACUGGAGUUACAUCGUGGUUUGCGGCCAAGUGUGAUCUUAUUCUUCUCCUGUUUGAUCCACAUAAGCUUGACAUCAGCGAUGAGUUCAAGCGUGUGAUUGGGUCGCUCCGUGGGCAUGAUGACAAAAUACGCAUAGUUCUCAACAAGGCAGACCAAGUUGAUGCACAACAGCUGAUGAGAGUGUAUGGAGCACUGUUAUGGUCUCUUGGGAAAGUCCUGAACACACCAGAAGUUAUGCGUGUUUACAUGGGUUCAUUCAACGACAAGCCGAUCAGGGAGACAGCAGCUGGCCCACUGGGCAUGGAGCUGUUCCAGAAAGAACAAGAUGACUUGCUCUCCGACCUGAACGACAUCCCUAAGAAAGCUUGUGAUCGUCGGAUCAACGAAUUUGUGAAGCGUGCGAGGGCUGCCAAAGUUCACGCGCACAUAGUCAGCCAUCUAAAGAAAGAAAUGCCUGCGCUGAUGGGCAAGGCCAAGGCUCAGCAGAAGCUGCUCGACAGUCUCGAUGAACAGUUCGCCAAGGUCCAGAAGGAGCUGCACCUGCCGCCAGGGGACUUCCCCAGCGUGGAGGAGUACAGGGAGCUUCUGAGCUCGUACAACUUCGACAAGUUCGAGAAGCUGAGGCCGAAGAUGGUUCAGGGCGUCGAUGACAUGCUGGCCUACGACAUUCCGGAGCUCCUGAAGAAGUUCAGGAACCCCUACGACUGAACGAGGAAUCCCCCGAGGUGGCGAAGCUGCAAUGGCCGAGUCAAAACCGUCGGUUUCUGGAAGUUCAACUGUCCUAGACAGCAAAAAUUCACAUUUGUAGCCAUCCUGGACUGUCAAACUUAUCUUUCCUGGCGAUUUCCUCCCGUCACAGUUUUGUGUUUGGUGAUCUCAGAA